GCUGAUACAAAUUUUAAUUUCAAGAGUUAAAUUGUCAGAUCACUAAGUGAACUUGAACCUUAAUUUAAAUUUUGGUCUUUUUUCUGUCUUUUUUCUUAUAACCUCGUUUUUUUUACUCUCCUCUGUGAAGUGUAAUCAUGGCUGGGAAUGGGCCUGAAAGUGCAAGGCCUAACUAUGAUGGCGUUGCUGGUAUGGAACCUGAUGGGGUUAUCGAUAGUAAUUGGGACGAAGUAGUUACCAGUUUUGAUGAUAUGGGACUAAAAGAAGAAUUAUUAAGAGGUAUUUAUGCUUAUGGUUUCGAAAAACCUUCAGCUAUCCAACAAAGAGCUAUUAUACCGUGUAUAAAAGGUCACGACGUAAUCGCUCAAGCCCAAUCGGGUACUGGUAAAACCGCCACCUUCUCAAUCUCAAUCUUACAAAAGAUUGACACAAGUUUGAAUGAAUGUCAGGCUCUCAUUCUUGCUCCAACUCGAGAAUUAGCCCAACAAAUUCAAAAGGUAGUUCUCUCCUUAGGUGAUUACAUGCGUGCCCAAUGUCAUGCUUGUAUUGGUGGUACCUCAGUGAGAAGUGAUAUAAGUAACUUGGAAAUGGGUACCCAUAUUGUUGCUGGAACUCCAGGAAGAGUUCUCGAUAUGAUUGCUAGACGUGCUUUACGUACUGAUCAUAUCAAGAUAUUUGUAUUAGAUGAAGCAGAUGAAAUGCUCUCCAGAGGUUUUAAGGACCAAAUUUAUGAUGCUUUUAAAAGACUAGAAACGGAUGUACAAGUCAUCCUAUUAUCGGCUACAAUGCCACAAGACGUCUUAGAAGUGACAAAAAAAUUCAUGCGAGAUCCAAUUCGUAUCUUGGUGAAAAAAGAAGAACUUACAUUGGAAGGUAUAAAACAAUUUUUUGUAUAUAUUGAGAGGGAAGAAUGGAAAUUCGAAACUUUAUGCGAUCUCUAUGAGACACUCACCAUCACACAAGCGGUCAUCUUCUGUAACACUCGUAGAAAGGUCGACAUGUUGACUCAAAGAAUGCAGGCCAGAGAUUUCACUGUGUCUCACAUGCAUGGUGACAUGGAACAGAAACAGCGUGAUGUUAUCAUGAGAGAAUUUAGAACUGGUUCAAGUAGAGUUCUAAUUACUACUGAUCUUUUGGCUCGUGGAAUUGAUGUACAACAAGUUUCUCUUGUCAUUAAUUAUGACCUGCCUACUAACAGAGAAAAUUAUAUUCACAGAAUUGGAAGGGGAGGUCGAUUUGGUAGGAAAGGUGCUGCAAUUAAUUUUGUCACAGCCGAUGAUAAACGCAAUUUACAAGAUAUUGAACAACAUUAUAACACCACUAUAGAAGAAAUGCCAAUGAAUGUCGCUGAUCUAAUUUAAAUCAAUUAAUUCGAUGCACGAGAAUAACAAAAAGAAGAUCCUAGUUCCGAACAUGAAGCCAAGCGUUUUCAUCAAGUUCGGUUAAGAACAUUUAACUAAAAACAAAAACAAAACCAUAUACACACCACACGCAUACAACAACCAACCAACAUACCACAACCAUUUUUUCGUCACUUUUCUCUUUUCUUGACUUAAUGUAAUCAACAUAAACGGAAAUCACACUAACUUGGUCAAUACAAUGAUCGAAAAUCUCCUUGAUGAAUAUAAUUUCAUGGUGACUAUAUUCAGUCUUGUUUUCAAACAAAAAAAAAAUCAGAAUCAAUUGAAUCACUAAACCUUAAAAAAAACACAAAGAUUUAAAUAAAAUUUUUGAAUCAAGUUAAUUGAAAAAAAAAACAAUAUUAGAUUUCAUUUGUUACCACAAAGAAAAUUAUAUUAUAUCAAUUAACCAAUUAUGUUUCUCCUUCCCCUUAUCCCAUUAAUCUUAAACUCAAAUUUUAAUUACAUUUAUAAUUGUAUAUCCUGGUUAUUGUUCAGGGUGAUUAACUUAACACAGCCACUAAUGGAAAAUACUAAAGGAUUUAAGUUUUUUUUAUUCUCAUUAAGAAUAAUCUUUGAUUUACUUUUAAUCAUUUCAAUUAAAUUUAAAUUUUCCUCA